GCUGCUCCCUCCCUAUUCUAUUGGCUGAACAAGUAUGACGGAAGCAGUUAAAUAGAUUACUUUGUAGUAAAGUCCAUGAUGGAUGUUCCAAUGUGCCUUUCAAGAACUGUAUUCAUGAUAAAAAGAGAAGGCAUCAGAUAAAAAAUGGGAACUUUAUCUUGGCCUACAGCGACUUUUAUAACUAUGGUUGCUACAGUUUACUUGGAAGCGAAGACGACACCACCAACAAAGUCCCCUAAAAAAGUGUAUAACAUGGAGAUCGUAAAUGUUUUCGAGACGUCGAUUGCACCACCAACAGAGGAGACUUUUUUCACCGACAUGCUUGAAACUAGUGACACCACCACUGAACUGGCCACUUUAAACCCUGAUUUCAGGACUGCCACCACUCUUUACCCUUUUGAUAAUUUUACUCUUGAAACAGCUGAUUUUUUCUUUAACUGUUGUGAUUGCUGUUCAACUCUCGCUGGACCAAAGGGGGAUUCUGGACCAAUGGGACUUCCAGGUCCUAAAGGAGAAACGGGAGACAUAGGACUACCAGGGCCACAUGGAGCUAUAGGUCCCCUUGGUCCAAAAGGCUAUAAAGGAGAUAAGGGUGAGAAAGGUGAGCACGGUGACCAAGGAGCAAAUGGGAUUGCGGGAUUCCCAGGAAAGCCAGGAGAAGCCGGUGAACUGGGGUCAAAAGGAGAAAAAGGAAAUGUUGGACUUGCUGGCAUGAAAGGACAAAAAGGAAAUAAAGGAGAUAUAUGUGAAAAUGGCACAAAGGGGGACAGGGGGGAAAAAGGGGAGCAAGGUCUAAUAGGUAUGGAUGGAGAGACAGGGGACAAGGGUGAGAAAGGAGAUUUAGGAGAGAAAGGAAAUAUUGGAGACAUGGGAGAAAAGGGUGAAAUAGGAGGAAUCGGGGAGAGAGGAGUAAAAGGGGAUAAGGGUAUUAAAGGAGAUGCUGGAUUGAAUGGAAUGUCAGGUUUAGAAGGAGAGCGAGGAGAGAAAGGAGAACCUGGACCAAAAGGGGACAAAGGUGAGAUGGGGGCUCCAGGCUUAAUAGGUCCUCUGGGUCUAAAAGGCAAUUUUGGCAUGAAAGGAGUUCGUGGAGCUCCUGGAAAAAAAGGUUCUAGAGGAUUAAAAGGCUCCAAAGGUGAUAAUCCCAAACCCAUAAGAUCUGCCUUUACUGUGGGCCUAUCAAAGCCUUUUCCUGCUCCCAAUGCACCUGUCAAAUUUGACAGAAUAAUGUACAAUGAGCAAGACGAAUAUAACCCUACAACAGGAAAGUUUAACUGCACUAUUUCAGGAACUUAUGUGUUUGCAUUUCAUGUGACAGUCAGAGGCCGUCCGGCGCGGAUUAGUAUUGUUGCCCAAAAUAAAAAGGUAUUCAAAAGUCGUGAAACACUUUAUGGACAAGAGAUUGACCAGGCCUCAGCCAUGUUAGUUUUGAGACUGAAUGUUGGGGAUCAGGUGUGGUUAGAGGUUUCUAGGGACUGGAAUGGCCUUUAUGUUAGCAAUGAUGAUGACAGCAUAUUUACAGGUUUCCUUUUAUAUCCAGAUGACAAUGUAGAGAAUCAGCUUAUUCAAGCUUAAAAAGUAUUACAAUUAUUUGGUACUCACAUUUUAGUAACAUUGUAUCAGAAUAUGAUACAUAUUUUUAAUAACUGAAUCUUAAACUUGUCUACAUAUGCUGAAAAGAUCAUUGUGAACAUCCAAAUUUAUAAUAUAUAAUUGUAUGUGCUAUGUUUUUUUUCCAAUCAACUAUGUCAACAGUUGAUAGAACAAAUUUAUGGAUGUGGAUACAGUUUCAGUCAUUUUUCAAUCCCGUAAGAAAAAAAAAGGAAGAUUUAACUAUAUUAUAUAUUAUUAUUUUUUGAGAAUCUUAUAGUUAGGGGAUUCUAUGAUUGCAUUAUAAUAAUGAAUGAAGCAUGCAUGUUAUUUGUGAAUAUAGAAAAAUACACAUCUGUUUAAUAAAUCCUAUAUUUAAUACAUGCGUAUUUCGCGCUUUAGGUGGAAGAGGAAUACUAAAAUCUCUGCCUAAACACCUAAAAAGGAUGACGGUGGAAUACAUAGUGGCAUCGAACUGUAUUAUUACUAAGUAAGGAUAUGUUGAUGUCAGCCAAAACUGAGAAACCUCCAAUAAAAUUAUUUAAUCAUUCUUCCUUAAAACAGAA